AUAGGCGAGGUCUCCUCCCUUCUUCCGCCGCGCGUCGCCUUCUCCUCCUUCCUAACCUAGGGCUCCGAUUUCGCCAGGUGUUGCCCAUCGCGACCGCGCCACCGCCGCCGCCGCCGCCACCGCCACCGCCGCCGCCACCGCCACCGCCACCUGCCGAUCCUACAGCAGUUGCAUAGGAGUACAUCUUUAGAAAUGGACCCACAUUCACACAAGAAGGCACAUGAAGGUCUGAUUGGUGACAACCCUGACGCGUAUGCCGUGACGACAUACCAACCUGUGCUGAUGGUAGAACCAUCAGCCGCUGCUGCCUUCCCUCCAGCUCCCCAGGUUGCUCCAGCCUAUCCAGUGAACCCAAUGCAGCUUCCAGAGCAUCAGCAGCACGCAAUCCAGCAAGUUCAGCAGCUCCAGCAGCAGCAGAAGGAGCAGCUCCAGGCGUUCUGGGCCGACCAGAUGGCCGAGGUUGAACAGAUGACUGAGUUCAAGCUCCCCAACCUCCCGCUUGCAAGGAUCAAGAAGAUCAUGAAGGCCGAUGAGGACGUCAAGAUGAUCGCGGGCGAGGCACCGGCGCUCUUCGCCAAGGCCUGCGAGAUGUUCAUCCUGGACAUGACGCUGCGGUCCUGGCAGCACACCGAGGAGGGCAGGAGGAGGACGCUGCAGAGGAGCGACGUCGAGGCGGUGAUCAAGAAGACCGACAUCUUCGAUUUCUUGGUGGAUAUCAUCACUGAUGAUAAGAUGAAGGAUGAUGGCAUGGGCUCUCAGGCUGCAUCCAUGGUUUCGCCAUAUACCUCAGGAGGAAUGGGAUUUUCCUUUGAUCUGUACCCGAACCAGCAUCACCUCGCAUAUAUGUGGCCUCCACAAGAGCAGCAGGAGCAGUGGCCUCCACAGGAGCAGCAGGAGCAGAAGCAGAAGCAGGAUUCUGAUGGUGGUGGACAAGAUGAAUGAGAUAAAUCACAUUCUGUGAUUACUUAUUGUCGUAGUGUGGUUUGGUUAGCUUGAGUUUGGUUGGAAAAACUUUUUUUUUCCGUAGACUGUUUUUAUGUUUGUUUUGCUGCCUUCUGGUAGCGAUAGGAGGGCGAUCCGGUCUGAAACUGUUGGUAGCAUUCAUGAUGAAUUUCUCAGUGGUUAUAAUUUAUGAAUCUUAGUAACAGCUGUUGCAAGAACAAAUAUUUCCUCUGGUUAGAAUUGUUUUUUAAUUUCCUUUUCUUCU